AUGGAUCGUGUGGCGGCCAGCGGCGGCCAGGCAGAAAGAUUUAUUUGUAUCCAUCUCUUUCUCUCUCUCCCUGCAGUUUGCCCUGGAACAGAGAACAAGUUGAGCACGUUGUCAGACCUGGACCAGCAGUACCGCACCCUGAAGAAGCAUUAUGAGAACUGUGAGGUGGUCAUGGGAAACCUGGAGAUCACCAGUAUCGACCGUAACCGUAACCUCUCCUUCCUCAAGUCUAUCCGAGAGGUGACAGGCUAUGUGCUGGUAGCUCUGAACCAGUUUGACUACCUGCCCCUGGAGAACCUUCGCAUCGUGCGGGGCACCAAGCUUUACGAGGGACGCUACGCCCUGGCCAUCUUCCUCAACUACCGCCGCGACGGCUUCUACGGCCUCAGACAGCUGGGCCUUCGCAACCUCACAGAGAUCCUGAACGGGGGGGUUUAUGUUGACCAGAACAAGUUCCUAUGCCACGCCGACACCAUCCACUGGAGAGACAUCAUCAAGAACCCCCAAGCUGAACUCUUGGUGGUACCGUCCAACAACAGUGGCCUUGGAUGCAAACGAUGUCAUCGCUCUUGUAACGGACGCUGCUGGGGCCAUCAGGACAACCAGUGCCAAAGCUUGACCAAGACUGUGUGUGCUGAGCAGUGUGACGACCGUUGCUUCGGCCCCUACGUCAGUAACUGCUGCCACAGGGAGUGUGCUGGGGGCUGCUCGGGACCCAAGGACACAGACUGCUUCGCCUGCACCAACUUCAACGACAGCGGGGCGUGUGUGACCCAGUGCCCCCAGCCCUUUGUGUACAACCCCACCACCUUCCAGCUGGAAUCCAACCCACGGGCCAAGUACACCUAUGGAUCCUUCUGUGUGGAGAAGUGUCCCCAUAACUUUGUGGUGGACCACAGCUCCUGUGUGAGGGCUUGUCCCAGCAACAAGAUGGAAGUGGAGGAGAACCGCAUCAAGAUGUGCAUCCCCUGCACUGACAUCUGUCCCAAAGUGUGUGACGGCAUAGGGACUGGCAGCCUGCAGACAGCCCAGACGGUGGAUGCCAGUAACAUAGAGAUGUUUGUCAACUGCACCAAGAUCAACGGCAACCUCAUCUUCCUCAUCACCGGCAUCAAAGGGGAUAUGUACCAUGGUAUAGGGGCCUUGGACCCGGAGCGGCUCAACGUGUUCCGCACAGUGAGAGAGAUCACAGGGUUCCUCAAUAUCCAGUCCUGGCCAGAGAACAUGACAGACCUCGGUGUCUUCUCCAAUCUGGCAACCAUCGGUGGGAGAUCACUGUACAGGUAACCGGCAGAAACUCAUUAAGUACCAUAUAGUACAUGUUAUUAUUAUUAUUUUAGGAUUUUAGUUUUGUGUCAAAAAAGACCGUAAAAUCACCAGGUAUAAAAAAUAUAUGUAUUUAGGAAAUCUGUUCCCAAGUUUUCCCACGAGUUAAAAAAGAGACAAAUGUGAUGGUGUCUCAAUAAAAUCAAGAUGUGAAAUGAUUGUUUUUGAAAAGAACAAUCUCUUUUUGGUCUUAGUUGUGGUCAAUUUGCAGUGUAUAAAUGAUUAGAAUGAUAUUCCGGGCUGAAUCUAGCUGCCUGCCCCUGAAAUACACCAAUAUGUGGGUUUAAAACCAUCACACAGGGUAGUGCUAUAAUGAUGUGUGCUGAGAGUUGGGAAGAAGUUCAGGGAGUGAGUGUUUUAAUUAAUAAAUGCAACAUAAAACAAAACAAGAAACACAAACAAUGCACAGACAUGACACUGGAACAGAAACAAUAACGCCUGGGGAAGGAACCAAAGGGAGUGACAUACAUAUGGGGAAGGUAAUCAGGGAGGUGAUGGAGUCCAGGUGAGUGAUGACACACAGGUGUGUGUAACGAUGGUGACAAGUGUGCGCCAUAACGAGCAACCUGGUGACCUAGAGGCCGGAGAGGGAGCACACGUGACAAGUACAUGCAUGCUCACAUAGACAUUCCA